AUGUCAAUCUCUUUAUUAUCACAUUCUCAGUUUUACAUCUUUUCAGAUAGAAAACAACAACAUCCAACCAAAACAAAAAAUGCUUUUCAAUUUGCAAGACAUUUUAAAAGUAACCAUUGUGGUAAUAAAAGAUGGAAAAUGAAUAAAAAUAAAAUCAUUAUAUUAAUAACCUUACUACUGUGUAGUUGCUUUGUAAAAGCUGAAGUUGAAAAUACAGAAAAUUGUGGAGAGAAUUGUGGUCAGACUUGUACUUUUAAUUUUGAGUGUGCCUCUUUCAAUGCUUGUCAACAAGGAGCCUGUUUAGGUGGUAGAUGUUCAGUCGUCAGUGUAAAAUGUCCAGAAUUGCGUUGCGGUGUCAAUGGUACAUGUAAUGCCAUGACUGGAAAAUGUCAAUACAAUUGCGCAAGUGCCACCUGUUGUGACGACGGUAACGCCUGUACCAAAGACUCAUUCAGUGCAACCAGUGGUUGUGCCAAUACUCCAAUCCCAGGUUGUUGUAAUUCCAACAGCCAAUGUACCAAUACCAAUCCAUGUACUACCAAUGCCUGUGUAAAUAACAAAUGUAUAGCCUCUCCAAUUGCCGGCUGUUGCGAGUGUGACAACGACUGUGACGACAACAACAAAUGUACCAACAACAAGUGCUCCAACGGAAAAUGUGUUUCCACCCCAAUUCCAGGUUGCUGCAGCAAGAACUCCGACUGUCCAUCCGACAAAUGUAACACCGGAUACUGUGGAUUCGACAACAAGUGUUCCAGCCGUCCAACUGGUAAAUGUUGUACCUCCGACAAGGGUUGUGACGACAAGAACUCAUGUACUCUUGACAAAUGUAACGCUGACGGUAGCUGCAGCAACACGCCAAUUCCAAACUGUUGCACUUGCGACACUGAAUGCAAGAGCGAUGCCUGUUCCACUGCCUCCUGUAGCAACGGACAAUGUGUCACCAAGCCAAAGAACUGUGAUGACGGUAACAAAUGUACUUCCGACUCGUGUAGCAACGGUAAAUGUACCAGCACACCAAUUCCAAACUGUUGUAACUCUGUCUACGAUUGUAAGAACGGUCCAUCAUGUUCUACCGCCAGCUGUAUGAACAACCAAUGUUCCUACAAACCAAAGGAUUGUAGCGAUGGCAACAUCUGUACCUACGAUUCAUGUAACAACGCCACCAACUCUUGUAAUAACGUCAACAUUGCCGGUUGUUGUAACACCGCCAAUGACUGUGCCGCCAACUGUCCAGCCUGUUCCACCGCCGUCUGCUCCGGUAACAAAUGUACCUACACUCAAAUGGUUUGCAAUGACAACAACGCCUGUACCUCUGACCAAUGUGAUGCCGCCACCGGAAAAUGUAAAUUCACCCCAAUCCCAGGAUGCUGUAGCAACGCCAACGACUGCGCCAAGAAUGCUCCACCAUGUACCACUCCAUCAUGUAACGGUAACAAAUGUACCUAUAUCCCAAUGGUUUGUAACGAUAACAACGAGUGUACCAACGACCAAUGUGAUGCCGCCACCGGAAGAUACUCCUGUGACAAGGUCACUGGCUGCUCAAACAAACCAGUCGACUGUGUCGCCAAGGAUGCCUGCCACCGUGCAUCAUGCUCAAAUCAAGCUGGUUGCGUACAAACUCAAAUCACCUGUGACGACAACAACAAGUGUACCACCGACUAUUGUGAUGCCGUCAAGGGUUGCGUCUUUGUGCCAAUGAACUGCAAUGACAACAACAUCUGUACCUACGACAGCUGCUCGAACAGCACCGGCUGCAGUCACACCAACAUCGCCGGUUGUUGCGCUUGUGACAACGAUUGUGACGACAAGAACAAAUGUACCGACGACUACUGCAAGGACAACAAAUGUUACCACAAGGACAACGGAAACUGCUGUAAGGUCGACACCGACUGUAAGGCACCAGUCGACGCAUGUUCGAUCAGAGCAUGUGCCAACGGUAUUUAUAGUAUAGUUCUUUGUGAUUUCUCACCGGAUUCAUACGAUGAUGGUAAAAUAUGUUAUGGAUCAAACGCUACUUCUAAACAAUUAGUUGGUGAUUCAAAUCUACGUCGAGAGGAAUGGCGAUACACCCGAUCUGACCACUGGCAACCAGACGGUGGUCAAUGUUCUCGAUACGCGUCUGCAUGUCGCUACGUGCAUGUCGCAUCUGCUCGCUGUCCAUUUAGUUUAGUUUAA